AUGAUAUCACUCCAUGUUUUCAACAUAGAAGAGGACCCUCUCACGAAAGAAAGAUCUUUUCUGUUAAUUGGAGUCGCUCGGCGACAAAUUAUCACUUGGCAUCUUUCUUCAGUAAAUAAUCAUCUGCAUAUUACAUAUCGCGGCUUUCAAGAGAUGCAAUGGGAAAAAUCUCCUCACCUUGUUCAGUCAGCCGCUGAAUGGACAACGAACACAGCUUCAAGAUUAUUUCAACAAUUAUCACAACCUAAGCGAGUUGUUCUGACAGUAUCUUUCGACACUCAAAUUAUUUUUUACAAUCUAAAUUUGGAGAAGACUGAAAUACAAUGGGACGAGCUUUAUAGACUAGACGUCUCCUCUUCUGUAUCAGAAAUAACACUAGUAAAGUGUGCACCGAAUGUGAUAGCCGUAGCUUUUGGAAAGACUAGGCAAAAACUAUCUAUUUUUGCAGCAAUGCGAUCGGGUCUGCCCCCGCGACUUAUCAAAACUUUCAAUUUCGAAGAACCGAUUCGCGAUGUUGCUUGGAAUUUAACAUCUGAUGCACAAUAUUUACUUGCUAUAGCUUUUCCCAAUAAAGUCUGUAUAUAUGGACAAAAGAGAGUACGUAAAUUAGUAACUGAGGAUGAUACAUGGGCUUGCUAUACACAAUUUAGCAUCGAUUCGCCUGACACCAUUACGGCUUUGGCUUGGGUAGACUGUGGUGUUCUGUCUGUUAUAUCCGGGAACCAGAUUAGGUGUUACCUAAAAUGGUUAUCAGAAGGAGAUAAAAUUAAUGAAGAUGUUCUUCGUAAUAAGGACGACAACAAUUUAAAGCCCAUGUCCAGUAUAUUCGAUAUAUCUAAUGAGAUGAAUGGUCCGCUACCAUUUUAUCAUCCCAGACAUUUGUUUCAUUAUUUAAUGUGGGGCAAAAUAGGUUUCAUUCAUUGCAUUCUACGCUCGUUACAUAAAUUCUUCAAACAAUUCAUUGAUGAAGAAGAUAGGGUUGUUAACGAAGUCCCGACUAUUCCGCUAAAGAAGCUGUUGAAAUUACAAAAGGAUACUAAGCAUACAAAUGACAGCCAACAAUAUGAUGCAUUAUUUGAUAUGGAGGAUCAGAUGAAUGUCGAUGAUGACGAUAAUAUUAAUUCGAUACGUCUUAUGACUGCGAACGAAAUGAAAAACCUCAUCUAUAGUUUAGAAAAAAGAGCAUUGCCUGGUUUAUCCAAAAGUGAGAGAUUGCAGCUUAUAGCAUUGAUUGAUACAAUUAUUGCGAUUACAAACCAGGGAGAAUCGUUGGACGAAAAUGGUGUCCGUUUCAGAACUAUCGUAGAAAAUCAUUUUCACCUCAAGAAAACUUUAUCAGAAGCGGAAACUACUAAAGGCUUACAAUCUGGGGAUUAUAUCUGGGCCUUCCAUAGUCAAUCCCAAGAUUUGUUAUUAGAUAGAUGCCGCCAAUUAUGUGAUGGCAAGUUUGUAUGGGAGGAUGCUCGUGCAUUGGGUAUCUUCAUGUGGCUUCAUAAGAUAGACGUUGUGAGAGAGCAAAUGACAGUUAUUGCUAGAAACAUAUAUUUGUCAAAGGCUGAUUUCAGAGACCCUGUUGACUGCACAUUGUAUUACUUUGCUCUUCGUAAAAAACAAGUAGUUCAGACGUUGUGGAAUACAGCCUCCUACCACAAGGAGCAACUAGCUAUGAAGAAAUUCCUAGCUAAUGAUUUUAAUGAACCUCGAUGGCAAAGGGCCGCCUCAAAAAAUGCUUUUGCUUUGCUAGGGAAACAAAGAUUCGAAUACGCUGCAGCGUUCUUCUUAUUAGCAGAUAAGCUUGGAGAUGCUGUUAAUGUUAUUAUCAAAAAUGUCAAAGAUUAUCAGUUAGCAAUUGCAAUUUGCCGUGUCUAUGAUGGUGAUGAUAGUCCAAUUUUAAAAGAAUUGCUGCAGAAUACAGUUCUACCCCUAGCUAUGGAAACAAACGAUCGCUGGCUGGCCAGUAUGGCGCUGUGGUUAUUAAACAAACAGGACAAAGCAAUUCGAGCAGUAGUAGACUCUAUAAGCAACAUUUCAGAAGAUAGCACCGCCAGUCCGGACGAAGCAACAAACGUAGUUGUUCACGAUCCCAAUGCCUUCAUUUUGUAUAAUUUUUUAAAGAAAAACUCUCUGUAUGAGCAAUCCGGCUGGUCGUAUGCUCUUGAAUACGAAUUCUCCCUGCAGGUCGCACGAGCUUACGAGCGACUAGGGUGCCCUUUACUGGGACUCUAUAUUCUAACAGAAUUUUACAUGCAUCCACCAAGUAUCAAAAGCGAAUAUGUAAAUAGUAAUACAGAUGGUAAUGAUAAUGGCGAUAACACAAAAUUGCAUAGAGCCGAGGAUUUGUUCUCUUCGUCAGUACAAUCUCCUACAGCAGUUGCAUCCAAUUUUUUUACUGAAGAACCAUUAAAACGACCAUCCUAUGCUACAGAUUUGUUUGCGGAUGAUAGAGAUAUUUUUUCAUCGCUUAAACCAUCCUUUUCUCAGAAUCUUUUUGAUGACGAAGAAGAUGAUAUUUUUGCUACUGUAAAAAAGUCUUCCGUUUCAGAUGACAUUUUCGCAAAUGAAGACGGCAAUCAACAAGAGGAAAGCAGUAGUAUAAGCUUAGCUGAGGAUAAUUUUGAGCGUGAAGAUGAUGGCUUGGAUAGCUACAAAGCAUUAUUAGUCAUACGAAUUUUACAGACAUUUUUCAAUGCGGCUUCAGCUAUUUACAAUAGUUUGCAAGAGCCUGAUAAUGCGUAUGAAAUCAAUUAUAGAUCACAUUUCUUGUUGAAUCGUGAGACUCUACUGGAACUAGGAAGUUCUGUUGACAUCCCUCCAACUGUUUUUUCACGACUAUUGACAGAAAAGAGCAUUGAAACAGAUGUGUUCCCCUUAUAUCUUCGCAUUUUAGAUCAAAGUGUACCACCACAUUUUGAUGUGCAUCACUUUCUCCGAACGUUCAAGGUGGGAUGCUUCGAAGUGAAUGAGGUCGCUUUAAUGGCACAAGAGCAAGUUAUCAAGACAUUUUCAAUCUGGAACAGAUUACGCAACCAGUAUUGUAAUCCUGAAUCCGCAGCUUUUACUACUCGUCAAAUUGCGCUUACAACCUACCUGAGUAAUAUUCUGAUUACUUUGAAAGAACGUCAAUAUGAGAGCAGCUGGCCAUUUUUAUACCAUCUAAAAGGAUUCCUCGAAGCAGUGGGUAAUAAAAAUGGUGAUUCAUUACUGUCAAGUUGCUUGAAUCAGCUGCUUAAUACAGAAAUUAAGAUGGCUGAUAUAGCUCCUGAUGAAUGCGAAGGCAUUUCCGAUGGAAGCCUUUUCGGUUAUGAUAUGAGCGAGGAAGUGUACAGACCUUUAAUCGACUCACAAGAUAAGUCGGUUGGAGCCAAUAUUUUAGAGUUGGCUUCCAUUAACUAUAUCUUGUCUGUAAUUGAGCAUGCUAUGCAAUGCCAGGGCAAACAUAGCACUCUUAGCGGUAAGUAA